GGACCGCAGCUCCGUGCCGGCCAUGCUGCUCCCGCAGCCCAUCUGCGUUCUGUUGCUGCUCCUGCACGGCGGCCGCGCCGCGUCCCCCAGUAACGGCACGGAAACCCCGCGGGCGGAGGAAGGGAACGGGACGCGGACGGGCGCGGGGCUGCUGCCCGCAUCGGGGCUGCCGGUGCUGCGGCGCGCCGUGUUUGUGGUCAGCGCUCUGUCGGUGCUGGCCGCGCUCUACUUUGUGCUGAGGACGUUCCGCUCCCGGCCCGACGGACGAAGACGCGAACCGAGCGCGACUUUCAGGUGGAAGAAACCGCAGCGGAAGAAGUACGGUCUGCUGAGCAGCUCCGAUGAACGCGUGGAGAUGGCAUCGCUGGAUAGCGAUGAGGACACCGUGUUUGAGACGCAGAACCUGCGGCGAUGAUUUGGGACCAGUGGCACAACUGCACAGACUGAGCGAGGGGUGCGAAGUCAUCCGCUGGGAUCACCGACGCUCCAGUUUUAGUUUUGAUAAUAAUUGCUUAUAAUGACUGCGAAUUAACAGCACAAACUCUUUGGUCGCUGGGGAGGGCAAAGGGGACCAAAACUGUUUCCUUCACACGUCUUUUUUGGGGAGAGGUGGAGCUGCAGAGGACUCUGCGCUGAGUGCUGUGUGGGGUGACGCUCAGGAAGACGUAACAGAAGUGACUCUGGGGUGAACGCUCUGCAUUUGGCAUUGAGAGCUGCACAUCUGUGCCCACGGCCUGCCUGGGGCUUUUGGGUGCUCCUCUGACUGUGGCAGCAGCUUGGCAGGCUCAGUUUUCCCUUCCGUGAUGUCUGGUCCCUUCCUUGGAUUGCUGUGUGCCAUCGGCUGCACCCCGUGGUAGAGUUGGGGCAGCAGCAUCCCUCAGAUCAGACAGAGGAGUUUUGGGAGGGAGCAGCGAGCUGAAGGCGUUCUGGAAGCAGCAGGGUUGGCAGCGAGUGGAUGAUGGCAUAAAUCCCUGCGUGGGUUUACAAAACAAAGAGAUGUUUGCAAACAAAAACGUAUGAGUUGGUCUGUGGGGCCGCACAGGUGUUCUGCACCCCGAGGGUGGCCAGGAGAAACGCGUGUCCUCCCCGAGCUGCUGUGUAAGGGAUGGGAGAAGCCAGAGCCUCUCAGCUGCGGUUCUGGAUCUGCUCAGACAUCAUCUCCCUUUGGAGAUGCUGCUGUUCCCCAAUGGCUGUGCUCCAGCUGUGUCCCAUCACAGCAGAAGGAACAGCAGUUGUGUUGGUGCUUGGGUUCGGUGCAGGGCUGAAUGUGGCCCUUAGAGGGUCGUUGUUGGGGGAAUCACAGCUGAAAUGGUGGGAACUGCUUUCCAAGUGCUUUCGUUUGCAGCUUUCAGCCCCGAAGGGAUGGGAUGCAGCGGGGUGGGUGGUGCAGAGCUGGAUCCCUCAGCCCCACACUGUAGUGCCUUUGUUGGGAGAAUUGCCUGCAGGAGUUCCUCCAGCUGUAAGGCUUUGCCUUCAUGGUGAGGAUUGAAAAUGCCUUUGGAGUAAUGGAGUGAUGGCUUCUAGCGUUGGGUUGGACCUCCUCUGUGGAUAAGGGAGGAAGCCUUACUUGCCAAAAAGAGCGGAGCAGAGGGGUGCCUCCAUGGAGCAGCAGUGACACACUUUGCUACAGCGCCAGGGCUGCUGCAGUGCACGGUACAGAUGAGAGCUGCUCCGAGGACAGAGCUGUAGCUGUGCUCUGCCUGAUCACCAUUUCUACUGGAAAAAUAAAUGGGAGUGUUGCAGGAGAAGUGCAAAACCAGGGGCAGUCAUCGUGGGGCCCGGAGGGUCCCAUUGGAACAGCCUCUUCUCAUCCUUGUGCUGCAUCCCUGCAGUUACUUCUGCAGCCUCAGUCACUGCAUGCCAACAUGCCAGUAGCCCAGCAAAGGUCUCUGAGCAGAGCUCAGAACUGGUAACAGUUGUUCAGGAUGGAUGUAAAUACACAGAUGCAAACAGACACACGUGUGCUCUGAGCCCACUAAUGCAAUGGGCCCAGAGCUGUUGGGACCAAUGCAGUGGGGUGAUGGUGGGAGCGUGGUGCCCUGCGGUGCUGCACACCAUGGGCUCCUGUGCACCACAAACAGCUGCUGCAGAGUUGGCUGGAAACAAUCGCUGUUGUUUAAGCCAAAGCCUAAUGUCAGAAGUUUACAUAAUUGCCUCUCUGAUCUUCUUGGAGGGCUGCAUCGAGUCCUCAGCUAUGGAUAUCGAGCUGCUAGGCAAAUCGACUGGGUGUCUGCGGAUGUUAAUGAGAUCGACUGAGAGCGAGAUGAGCAUCGGGGCUCUGUUGUUAAUAACGUCCCUCUGUUUUGUUUCGUUUGCACAUGUGACUGGAAUGGGAUCCGCAGCAUUAGAGCUCUGGAGAUGGACCUGUGGGCUGAGCAGAUUGCCAAGAAGUCAAUAAAACAGCACUCGAGUGCA